UUUUUUGUUAUAGAUUUAUGUAUAAAUAAAAACAUAUUUUUAUCAAAUAAGAAUAACUUGUUCAUUAAUAAUAUUGAAGAAUUCGAAAGAGGAAAAAGGAAAAAAAAAUUGUGUGUUAAUUUUAUAAGAACGAAUAAUAAAAAUUAUUAUAAAAAAAAUUGGGGAAAUAAUUUAUAUAAUAAGAAACAUAUUGUAUUGAAAGCUAAAAAAUUUGAUCAAAAAGAAUUGAAAAGAAGAAAAAAUUAUCAGUAUGCUAUGAAACAUAUGUAUGAUAAUAAUGGAAGAAGAAUAAAAGAUAUAAAUAAAGAAAAAAAAUCUUUAAAAAAAAAAAAACUAUUUGAUUACGAAG